AUGUCCGAUGAUAUAAGCGAAGAACAGUUACCAAUGAGUAAGGAAGAUUAUGACAAGGCGAUUGCGCAAAUCGAAAAGGUGAACCAAUCUGUCUCAAAGUAUGAGUGGACGAUGGAACGUCUCCAAGCAAAGAGAGAAAAGCUAUUGAUGCAGGCUGUCAUUGCCUAUUGGAAAUCAAUUGCUUUGAAAGACGAUUUCUUAUAUUCUAUCCGCCUUAACUACAGCACCUAUGAGUAUGACUGUGGUAUGUUGAAUGAAAAUCUAACACGGGAAUUACUGAACCUGGAUGGUAUUAUGAGCAACGGAAAUGAUGACAUCCGUGCACGCCGUAAAGAUCAAGUCAAGAGAGUGCUUUUCCUGCAAGAGGCUGUCACUAAGCUUCAUGAAAAGGCUGUCGCACUUUCUGUAUUUUACCGUUCUUGUGUAGCACAGCCGCGCUACCAGGCUCUUCUUGCCCAGCCUUCACCUCAACCUGAAGUGGAGCUUCCCACUUCUCCCGUGCCUGCUUCCGAUGUGGAACAGGAAGCCGAUGAGCCGCGUCCGACCGUUCAGAAGCAGCCAUCUCUUCAGCGCCAGAAGUCGGUCCAUUUGAUCCCGGUGAUGUCUCCUGAAGAGUUCGACAAGCUGCAGAAACAGAACUCGAUGGGGAGUCGAGGCGUUUCGAGCGAAGUAUCGAACGCGAGCAGCUCCGCAGCGGCACGUCGAAAGCACAACCGCGAGAAAAAGCAGCGAAAACUGCAAAGACAACGAGAACGAAGACGAGAAGAGCAGGAGCAACAGGAGCAACAGGAGCGAGAAGAAGAGCAAAGAAGAAAAAUGGAAGAGGAAGAAAGAGAGCAGCGAGAGAAAGAGGAGGAAGAGCGAAGAAGAAAAAUGGAAGAGGAGGAAGAGGAGAAGAGAAAGCUGAAAGAACAACAAGAAAAAGAAGAAGAAGAGAGGAAGAAGAAGGAAAUGGAAAUGCAGCAUCAACGCGAAUUGGAAGAAGAAGAAGAAGAGAGAAAGAGACAACAAAAACUCGCGGAGGAAGAGAGAAAGAAGCGUGAAUUGGAGGAAGAAGAGAGAAAGAAGCGUGAAUUGGAGGAGGAAGAAGAGCGUAAAAAACGCGAGCAGAAGCGAAUUGAAGCGCGACGCAGAGCCGAAGAGAAGCGAAAAGCGACCGAAGAGGCGCGUUUGCAAGCCGAAGAGGCGCGACACAAGGCCGAAGAAGCGGCGAAACGAGCCGAAGAAGCGGCGAAGCAGGCGGAAGAAGCGCGUCGGAAAGCGGAGGAAGCGGAAGCGAUGGAAGUGGAAUCGAGCGAAAGCGAAUCUUCAUCGAUGGAAGAAGAAGAAGAAGCGACGCCGGAAGUGGACGAAGUGGACGAGAUUCAAGGCGAUUACAUGCCGAAAUAUCAAUGGCUUCGUCAGGGCAACAAGCUGAAUUUGAUCUUGGUAAACGUGGAUUUCGACAAAUCUUCGCUUCACUGCGUCACCAAACCCGCAUCGCCGACGCCCAAACUCAUCAUUCAGGGCUAUCGAAUCGUGCAGGAGACGCGGCCGCAGGGCUAUUACGGUGUGCUCUACGGCAUGAGACCGUCGUUUAAAUACGUGCCGUUCACGACGGUGAUUCAAUUGCCGGAUAUCAAAGUGGAUUUGUCGCAGGCGCCGAAAGUGCUGUACUAUGACGAUGAAAGCGUGAUGCAGGUGACGUAUACCAUCAAGCAGGAAGAGACGAAGCGAGCGCCGUCUCGACCGCAGAGACGAUGGGAUGCCGAGGAUGACGGGUAUGGAAGAUAUUACCCGCGAUACUCUGGCUAUUCGCGAAGUCCGUUCGAUGCGUACGAAGAUCCGUAUCGAAGGUCGACCCCGAUGUCGUUCUCUCCGUUCUUUGGAGGUAAUUUCUGGUAAGACAGAAAGAAGAGUUGAGUUGUUGUUUUAUG